GAAAUUUGCUUUAAGAUGCAGAUUUGAACAUUUCUUUGACGAAUCACAUCUCUGAUGAAGUUGGCAUGUACGCGGGUCCGUGAAGGCAGCGUCAGUGCCCAGGCUGACGUCAUGCUGUCGGGCUGUGGAGACGAGCUUCUCGGUGAAGUGGAGCCACGACAUCCCGCCCUGAGACCCGGCUCACCGACAUAAAGAUCAACUCUAUUCCCUCAUAUUGGGACUGUGCCGGGGGGUGGGGAAGGCCUAGUCCUCCACCUUGAUCAGGCCGGACACCCCACACACCUCCCACUAUCCCCAGCCAUGGACAAACCAGCCGCCAUGACGACACCAGGCAAGGUCAGCGGACUCAAGCCCCCCAGUAAAAUAGUCCGUCCAUCAGGGGUGCCAACAAGGACGUCCCCGUCCUCAGGUACUCCAAAGCCAGUUCCUCCUGAGAAGUCCCCUGGUAGUGUUACCUCUCCAACUCCAGAUGGAUGUGGUGACUUCCAGUUAGGGGAGAGGGUCUGGGUCAAUGGCAACAAGCCCGGCUCUGUGCAGUUUAUCGGGGGCACACAGUUCGCUCCUGGGCAGUGGGCUGGAAUCGUGCUGGAGGAGCCAAUCGGGAAGAACGACGGGUCGGUGGCAGGGGUCCGGUACUUCCAGUGUGAGGAUGGGAGGGGGAUAUUCACGCGGCCUUCAAAAAUAUCCAGGACUGCACUGCCAGAGAAGGAGGAAAAUGGCGGCCAGGCCAGCCCAGCACAAGCUUCCUCUGCAACAAGCCAGCCUGCACCUGUUAGCUCUACCUCAACCGUUCAGGGCACUGGCAUAAAGACAAGUGGGUUGCUAAACCGAAUGCACACGUCCAGCGAGUCAGUGUCAAACCUCUCAGACCCAGACUCCAUGAAGAAGAACAGUAGGGAGCUGAGGCUGGUAGACCGUGUGCUGGUGGGUGGUAGCAAGGCAGGAGUUGUGCGGUUUCUGGGAGAGACAGACUUUGCCAAGGGAUACUGGUGUGGAGUCGAAUUAGACGAACCACUUGGCAAGAAUGAUGGAGCUGUAGCAGGGACCAGGUACUUUCAGUGCAUGCCAAGGUUUGGCUUGUUUGCCCCGGUCCACAAGGUGACGCGUAUUGGUUUCCCCUGCACAACACCUACCAAGGCGAAGAGCUCACGGAGGAGGUCCGGCCUUCUGAAGAGGAGUCCCAGUGCCUCCUCCAUCAGCUCGCUCAGCUCCGCCACCUCCUCAAUCAGCGGCAAACCCAGCCGAGCAGGACUGCUGACGGAGACAUCUGCUCGGUAUGCUCGGAAGAUCUCUGGCACCACAGCCCUGCAGGAGGCCCUGAAGGAGAAGCAGCAGCAUAUUGAACAGCUGUUGGCUGAGAGAGACCUGGAGAGAGGUGAAGUUGCAAAGGUGACCAGCCACGCAGGAGAGGUGCAGCAGGAGCUGACUAAGCUGAUGAAAGGAAGGGAUCAGUAUACCAUGGAGAUGGAGGCCAAGCUGGAUCAGCUGCGUUCGUUGGUGGAAGCCGCAGAUCGAGACAAAGUGGAGCUGCUCAAUCAGCUGGAGGAGGAGAAAAGAAAAGUGGAGGAUCUGCAGUUUCGUGUGGAAGAGGUUUGCAUUACCAAAGGAGACCUGGAGACGCAGACCAGGCUGGAGCAUGCCCACAUAAAGGAGCUUGAGCAGAGCCUGCUCUUUGAAAAGACCAAAGCUGAAAAACUCCAGAGGGAUUUAGAGGACACUAGGGUGGCCACUGUGUCUGAGCGCUCCCGGAUCAUGGAGCUGGAGAGGGAGGUGGCAGAUCUCCAGCUGAGGCUCCGGGCGUCCCAGCAGAAGGAGGAUGCUGUGUCUCUGUCCCAGCAACAGAUUAGCAGCCUCAAGGCCCAGGCACAGUCUCAAGAGAAAAGGAUCAGUGAGCUGAGCGUGGACCUGGAGAGCAGACAGAAAGAGCUUCAGUCCGUGCAGCAGGAUAAGAGUUCUCUGGAACAGCAGCUGAGCAGCCUGAGACAAACGCUUGAGAUAGCUGAGGAGGAAAACAGGAGGAUAGCAAAGACCAUGCAAGAAUUGGAGAAGAGUGAGGAGCAGUCAAAGAAAGACUCUCAGACCCUGAAAGAGGAGAGCAAGUGUAGAGAGAAGGAGCUGAAGGUCCGGCUGACAAAGGCCACUGAGAAGUCAGAGGGGACGGCUCUGUCGCUUGAUCAUCUGACUAACGAGAAUAAGAUGCUGGAGACAGAGCUUGAGGCUUUGAAACAGCAGAACUCCAACUACCAGGAGGAGCUCAGUCUGUCGAAGGAGAGGAGCAGCUCAGAAAACCAGCGUAUCGGAGUCCUCUGCAAGGAAAUCGAGGAGCUGAAGCUGGCCUCCCAGAAGUCUCUUGACGAGUACAACGAGGAUCGCAACAAUCAACAACCGGACAUGAAGAGCAGAGAAACCAACUCAAAUCGGGAACUGGAGGAGGAAGUCAAAUUCCAGAAGUCAACUGGAGCCUUAACCUCAGACAAAGAUCGGGAGCUGGAAACUCUGAGGAAUGAGAUCGCAGUUCUUCGAGGUGAAAACGCCAUGGCCAAGACCCUUCAGUCGGCCGUGGAGACGUUAAAGAGAGACAAAGCUCAGCUGCAGAGUCGUGUUUGCCGUCUAGAGCAAAGGCUCAUGGGAACGCAGACCUCUGAGGGAGAAGACAGCGAGGCCCAACCAUCAAGCGAUGCGGCUCUCGAGCAGCUGAGGGAAGAGAAGGAGUUCGCUGAGGGACAGAUCAACUUCCUGAACAGUGUGAUCGUGGACCUGCAGCGGAAGAACGAGGAGCUGAAGAUCAAACUGAAGAAACUCGCUCUGGCUGAGUUCAAUGGCAACGAAGAGACUGAUGGUUUUAAUGAAGCCAUAUCAAAGCAGGAGAAGAAGGCCUCCCUCCGUCUGUUCUGCGACAUCUGCGACUGCUUCGACCUCCACGACACAGAGGACUGUCCCACUCAGGCCCAGAGCCCCGACUCUGUUCCUCACAGCACUUACCACGGCAACCCGGCCAACGAAAGGCCCUACUGUGACAUCUGUGAGGCCUUCGGACACAGCACACAGUCCUGCAACGAUGACCAGACCUUCUAGAGGCUCCAAAAAACUCCCCCUGCAUUUCAAUUCCUUCCCUUUCCUCUCUCGUCUCACUUUUAUGCACAUCUCACCUCUUGCUCUCCUGCUAGAUUUCCUUCCAUCCAGCCCAACAUGCCUGCAGAUUCUUCCAUAUUGUAUUUUUAUACUCUAUUUAAGCAUAUCACUGGUAGCCACAGUUCUGACCCAAAUCCUUUAGCCCGCAGCUUUUUUCUCAGAGGAGAACCGGUUCUGUAAUGCAGAAUGUUCGUCCAAAUAUGCUGCUUUAGUGCAAUAUGGAUGUUUAGAACAAAAGGAAUCUGUCCUCUGCACUUGUUGUUUUGAACUUGUUGUUUUCAAAAAUGAGCAUUAGUCACAUUCAAUGUGUUUUGGGCUUUAUUAGCAAAAAUGUGAUGCGACAAAAAGUGAAGCACAGUUCAAACUGAAGGGAAAAUGAAACUCCUCUCGUACUUUACAUUCCUGCCCUCUGUAUCACUCUCCUCAGCCUGUACGCCUGUAAACCAAUCAGAUACUGAUACAGAGGUACUGCCACGACAAAAAAUGUACUGAUGUUUUAUGCUUAAUAACUUUUUACAAAGCCACUUUGUCAGUUUAUAUCUUACAAUAGAGUGUUAGGGCCACUUUUAAAGGAGACGUUAUGUUCAGGCUCAUUAUUUUAAUCAUUAUUAUUGUACAAGUAGUAUUACUGGAAACGGUUUUACAUGCUCUUUUGUGAUUGGUUAACUGCUUCCAGCACAUAUAGGAACUGUCAGCUUCUGCUCUCGCUUAAUCAGGAAAGAGUGAAUAUCUUGAGACCAAAAGAAAAACAUUUUAAUAUUUCAAUCCAAAGUUUUAUCUUUGAAGGAUGUUUAUGGCAUAUUCUUGAUAUAUAACAACUUUAUUUUUCUAAGUUAUUUUUUUUGUUUACUUACAUUUUGAAAACAGCAACUUAAUUAUCUGAACUAUUUUGAUUUUAGUCUCAUAAUAUUACUACAUAUUCAUAUUUGAAAGGUUGUAAAAUUACAACUAUUCUCAUAAUAGUACAGGAUGUAUUUUGACAACAAUAUCUUACAUAAUUACUUCAUACUCUAGUCUUUAUACAUUAGACCUUUAAUCGUUAAAUUUAACAACUUCACUCUCAAAUUCUUAUGACUUUAUUCUCUAAAUAUUCAUACUUUUCUAGUGGCCCUAGUACUCCGUCUAAAUGUUAACAUGUUGUAAAAAGUUCCUUCUUGACCUUGGAAAUCCUAGUUUCCAUGGUAACUAGUUCUUUACAGAGCUUUCAACUCUCUAGAAGUUUAACAGUUUACACCGUGUGUGGGGCGUUAACGCCACCUAUCGAUGAAGACUAAGAAGCAAAUGAAGGUUUCAGAAACAGCUGGCAGGUGGAUGUUGAGUCAAAGAGCCACCCAGUGGAUCUUAAACAUGAAGGACUGGUUGAUCCGUUUACUUACUUGGGGUGGCUCUGCAACGUUCGGUCCAUUUGACUGGCGCCCUGGAGCUUUCAGUGUUAUCGCACAUAUCUUCAUCCGCAGAUGAAGUACGCACGGUGGUCAUGAAAUUGCAGAGAUCCCUUUUAGGACUCUUCUCAUCUCUUGUUUGCUUUAAAUUGAGAUUUUAGAAUUCCGUCCAGCUGGGCAACUCGACUGAAAAUAGAUGCUCAAUUGACCUUGAGGUUGGAUUAUUUACAAUAUUUGUCCGCUGUUGUAUCUAAGGUCACGAGUGAACUUUCUAUUUUAACAUUGUUGUGUAUUUACCUUUCAAUAGGUCGGCAUAUAUACGGUAAUAUCCCUCAGUAAUGUCACGGAAUGUUACUGAGGAUCUGUUGUAGCUAUUGAUGAUGUUGAUACGUUUUGUUAUUUAUUGUCUAAUCUUUCACUAACCAGUGAUAUUCCUACAGGGAAAUAAGCUAGCACUGAUUUAAAGUGUUUAUAGUCUGUAGUAGGACUACUGUAGUGUAGGUGGGCGUCUGCCAUAUGUAACAGGAUCUCACCCAGAUGAAACUAUAGCAGCCUCGACUUGCUUAGAUUUGCACUGUCCACUUUAACGAUUCAGCAGAGACAUGCGUUAAUGUUCCGAUUCUAACGUUAUAUAAAAGUUAUUUUAUCUUAAAAGUCCGUUCAGAUAAUUCAUUAAUGUCCUAUUUCAUGCUGCCCUCUUUAAAGAUCCAGUUUGACAUUUUGGGGAAAUUCUCUCUCGCUUUUACGUAAAAAGAUUGACACGAAGUGUAUGAUACAUGCAAAGCUCUAUCAGGUUAGUUUAAGUUACAAAGCCUGGAAACAGGACAAGCAGCUAUAGCCUGUGAAGUUUUGUUUCAAAUUAGCUGCUCCUAACAUAACACAUCUAACCUGAACCAAACUGGCUGAAACGUUGCAUUGUGGGUAAUGCGGCCACCAGGUUCUGACCAGAGACAAGAAUGUGGAGAAGGAAGAAAAGACGAUAUCUCCGGUUCUGCUACAUUGAUUUUGAUCAUUUUUAACUGAGCACCUUCAGUCCAACAAUGCUCAGUAUCUAACUCAUGAGCACCCUUUUAACCCACAGACACUUUCCUCAUGCGCCAUGAAGCGAAUGGGCCUAUUUCCCAAAAUGUCAAACUAUUCCUUUAAAUGUACCCAGUAUAAAAACAUGUAUUUUGAAGUAUCUCGUUCUUAAGCACAAUGUUGGAUCAUAUUGAAUCUUCCAGUGUAACAGUGUAUAAUACAUGACUAACCAUUGACACUAGUCUUUGUAAAUACCAGUCAGACGCUUCUGAUAAAUGUGUACACAGUGCCAUCGAACAACGAAAGCUUUUGUGUACGGCAAUUUAUUUUUUCUGCCCUGUGGAUAAGAUUGACGUUGUACACGGAGGUUUCCACUCCAGAGGAAAAACCAAGCCCCUAUGUAUAGACUUUAAAAACAUGAUGUACUUUGUAAGUGAUAUGUCUAAUUAUUAGUGUUUUAUAUAUGUAACAAUUUCAGGCACCAUCUAUAAAUGGUUUCCAAAUGCUCAGACCAUUAUACUGACGUUGGCGUGUUGUAAGAUGUCCUGUUUUCUAUGUACUGUAUACUCCUGAACAGUCCAAUAGAAAAACUAAGAACAAAA